UCGCCAUUCCGAGACCCGCGCCCGGCUUUGUGUCCAGAUUUAAGCUUCUUCCUUGCUGGGCAGGAUCUCCAGGCUUCUCCGGCGCAGCGCGAGUCCUUUUUGACAGUUCGGACUUGGUGGUUUCAUCCGCGAGUUCUUCAGCAUCGCGACUCGUUUCGAAAGACCGCACGAGAGGAUCGCACGUGUCAACCCCGGAACGAAGUGACGAUGGCCGUCAAGUCGACGAUCUUGGUGCUGCUGACCGUCAGCGUCGCCCUGGUGUCCUCCGCCGGAUUGCUCGAGACGCUGCUGUCCUGGGACCUGCCGGACGCCGUGGGCAGAUCGUCCGCUCCGCAAUCCCAAUGCCUCUGCCAAACGUCCAAUUGUCUGUGCUGUGUCGAUUUAAAUCUGACGGCUACGAUCGACCUGGGCGGUCCUGCCUGCAUCAACAUCAAACAGAAGGACGAGAACGUCUCGUUGAACCUCAGCUACGGGGACAAUCCCGUGCACAAUGCUACCAUCAAGAUUGUGGACGCGGCUAACAAGCCGACCUGUAUGAACCUCCUGUCGGACUUGGCGCAGAUAUGCGCGAAAUUUGCGUCGAUCAAACAAGCGGAAGCCGGUUACGACGGCUGCCUGGUGAUAGAGCCCGCAUUGCUGGGCACGCCGCAGGCCACUUACCACAUGGGAUGCUUCAAUUUCAAUCAGGUGGUGAGACAAGUCGAAGCCACUAUCAUCACGGAGACGACGGAGGCUGCAGAGAAUUCCGAGGAAGAGGACGAUUCUUUGAAUACCGAUGAACUGAUAGCAGCGGUGUCAGCCAGCGCGGAACAAGGCAUAGCUCUCUUCUCUCAAUGGCUCGGACUCAACCUGAACCCGAAGUUGAACCUGACUAACAGGAACAACCAGCAGGAAACCGAUCAGAAACGAAAUAACCAACAGACGACUCCACCUACCAAUUCUAGGUCCGCCAGAACUCUCUGGGACCAAGAGGAAAAGAACGACGAACGAUUCAAGCAACUGCUCAGCGCGCAAGAUAACGUGUUGAAGGGAUCGGCGACGAUUGGUCAGUCGAACGGGGCUGAAACGACAUACGUUUAUUCGAAACCACUGGGCUUGUUCGCGUCGGAGAAAAGUUCGGGUCAGAAGAAGGUCGAGGAAGUGAAAAUCGACCCUCAGCACCUGGCCGUAAUUCCGAGGGAGUCUAGGAGAGGCGGGAGGGCGUACAACAUUCACCAACACGUGAACGAGAUCUGAAAACGUUCGUUUUCACUCGAUUCGAUCGACUGAGGAUCAAAGUUACGAGUAGUUGUUUUUUUUUAUUUAGACUAUCUCACACGUAGACUGUACUCUGGUAAACCAGGGCAGAUUUGUUACCGUUCCCUUUCCUUUUAUAUUUCUUUUUUAAAUUCUUCUACGUUAUCAAUCACUGAUUUUAAUCAAUUAAAAUGCACCGAUGGAAGACUCGUUUUACUCGAGAUCUGAGUUCACUCGGUGUAGAACGUCGUUCUCUAUUUUAGAGGAGACUAGAUACUUUCUUUAGCUCCAACGGAAUGAUCUCUCGCAAUUGUGAUCGUUUUUUUCCUUUACUUUCUUUCUGGUCCGGAGAGUCAUUAAUGGUCA